AUGUACGCUCUUGCCUACUCCUCGAUCCUCAAGUCGAGAAAGAACCCCAGCGAAGUGUCUACUUCCAACAGGAAAGAAAAGGUCGAAGCCAAGGUCAUCAAACAAGAGAAAGUCGUCGAAGAGGCUGCUGUGGAGGAGGAGGAGGACGAAGAGAGAGUAUCCGAUGCUGCAUGCGUCUUCCUGAAAGAGCGAUCGGACUACAGACUUGUGAGGAUGGUGCUGGAGGAAGCCGGGCUUGAAAGAGCGCAUGCAUCGGUGUUUGUGAGGGAGAAGAUAGACGACAGGGCGAUAGUGCUGCUCACUAGAGACGACAUGCUCGACAGACUUCAACUUCCUUUCGCCGACGUCUUUAGGAUCUUCAGUGCACUGGAAGCCCUCGAGCGCAAGAACAGGCCGUCCAACAAAUAA